UAGACCAGGGAUUAGGAAAGGACUGGCGGCUUCCAGGGAAAAUCUCCUGCUGUGGCUCAUGUCCCUGCCGAGCCCCGCAUGGCCCCAGCGAGACGAGCCUCCCCCCUGCGGCACCGCCAUCGGCCUCCCGCCGGCCUCCUCCGACAGCGACUCCGGCUGUGCCCUGGAAGAGUACCCGGAGCCCCCCGCGGACCCCGCUCCCCCCGAGGUCCCCGUGUGCUUCGGCACCCGCUCGCCCCAGGACCCCUCCUCUCCCACCGACAGGAUCCGUCUCCGCGCCAGAGCCCUCCUGCAGCAGCUGCCCCCUCAGGACUGCGAUGAGCGGUAUUGCCCCGACCUGGCGGAGGAGGAGAGGAGGCAGCUACGAGCAUUCAGCGCCCGGCGGAGACGGGAGGCCCUGGGGCAAGGGCUGGCACGUCCCGUGCCGGGUCCCUGCCAUGGCUGUCCCUGCAAGAAGUGCGGCGGGAGGCUGAACAAAGGGGACCUGGGGAUUUCGGCAGCCCGGCUGGGGGACCAGUUCUGGCACCCGUCCUGCUUCUCCUGCCACUUCUGCCACCAGCCCCUGGUGGAUCUCAUCUACUUCCAGCAGGAUGGGAGGAUCUACUGUGGCCGGCAUCACGCCGAGCUCUUCCGACCCCGCUGUGCCUCCUGCGACCAGCUGAUCUUCAUGGAGGAGUGCAUCGAGGCAGAGGGUCGGCGCUGGCACCUGGAGCACUUCUGCUGCCUGGAGUGCGAGGUGCCCCUGCGCGGCCAGCGCUACGUGAUGAAGAGCGGCCGGCCCUGCUGCCGCGGCUGCUUCGAGACCCUCUUUGCUGAGACGUGCCAGGCCUGCGGGGACCCCAUCGGUGCUGACAGCGAGGAGGCCACCCACCAAGGGCUCCAUUGGCAUGCCCGAGCCGCCUGCUUCUGCUGCAGCCUCUGCCGAAAGCCGCUGCGUGGGCAGCCCCUCACCUCCCGCCGCGGCCGCCUCUUCUGCUCCGAGACCUGCAGCCUGGGCCGGGACGCGUCCUCCACCGCCUCCGACUCCUCCGACUCGGCUUUCGCCUCCGCCCCGUCCCCCGACUCAACGCCCCUCGCCCGAGGUGGCCCCACCGGCAGGACCACACCGGGGACGGGCAGCAGCUCUGCGGCCGGAGGGUGCAGGCAGCGGGUGGAAGGGGCUGAGGCGUUUCUGGAUCAGGCCCCUGUGCAUCCAGCGUUCAGGAGCCUGGAGGACCACGGAGCAGGCGCUAAGGAGAGGAGCAGGGAUGCUGUGCAUGCAGGGACACCGGGACCACCAGCCGGUCACCCCUCCGGCCUCCAGCCCAGCACAGAGGGUCCCAAUGGGCCUGGAGCCUUGGGCCAUCCAGUUCCGGGGGGCCCUGACCCCCGAACACCCGCAGGCAAUGGAAACCCACACUCCCAACACAGCCCACGGCCGGAGGACAUCAACCUGCAGGACAUCACAGAGGAGGAUGACUCCUGGUGUCCCACCUGCUCUUCAUCUUCGGACUCGGAGGAAGAGGGUUUCUUCUUCGGGAAGCCCAUCCCCAAGCCCGGGAUGAGCUCCCUGGGCAGGGAACCCCUGGGGAGGGCUGGGGGCAGGACGGUGAAGCCGCGGGGCAACAGCAAGCACUGCAGUGUGUCCUAGCAGCGGGGACAGGGGGUCCUCCACUGGCACUGCCAUCCCACCAGCCCCGGCCACGGUCUUAACACGUUCCAAGUGCAUUUUGGACACAGCCCAAGGCUGGUGGGGAGAAACUGCUGGGAUCCUUCCCCCCGGCAGUCGCUGGCAAAGCACACCCUGCAAUUCCUGCCGGCCUCUCCCGCAAUUAGGAACAGGUAAAGCAGGUAGGGAGCAGGGAGCCGGCCACCCGACCAGGGCAUGGUCUCCAACUCCCAUCUCAGAGAAGGUGGUAGCCCCAGAGAGCAGCCACACGCAGGGGAGGGCAACUGGGUGCUUAGGACAAGGGCAGCUGCCUGCAUCACCCCACUGGGGACCCAUGGGGACAUCGGGGUGCUGGCCACCAGGGUCGGAUCCUUCCCUGGGACACCUCCCCGAAGGACAAGCCCUGUUGCCAGCUGCUCUCCAUCCCUGGUGGCACCGCGUCCCCCUGCCACCACGGGGAGGGGAU